GGCAGUCCAGAGGCGCCUGCGCGUUGGCCUGAUCCCCGCCCCGGAGUUUAGCGAUGGCGGCGGCGACGGUGGCCGGGAGGGCUCAGGCGGGGGCUCCGCGCGAAGGCGGCUGGCGCUGCUGUGGGCGCCCGGCCCGGCUGCACCGAGAGCGGCUCUGUUGAGGAGGAGGAGGCGGAGGGGAAGGCGCAGGCGGCAGGUGAGUGAGGCAGGGGCGCGUUGGGAUGCCAUGGCCAGCCCGGCCUCCGACAGCGAGGAGGAGAGCUUCAUGGCGGUGGAUCCCCAGGAGGCAGCGUCGGUGGCGGCAGCACAUGGCGGAGGAAGGAGCCUGGCCCCGGAAGAGGAGGAGGAGGAGGAGGAGCGGGGGGCUCCCACAGAGAGGGGUCCCGGGGUGGUAGCGGGCCGCCCCCCGCCGCCCCCGCGCUCCAUGGAGGAGCUCCCCGAAGAGGUGCUGGAGUACAUCCUCUCCUUCCUGUCCCCGUACCAGGAGCACAAGACGGCCGCCCUGGUCUGCAAGCAGUGGUACCGACUCAUCAAAGGCGUGGCCCACCAGUGCUACCACGGCUUCAUCAAGGCGGUCCAGGAAGGGAACAUCCAGUGGGAGAGUCGCACCUAUCCCUACCCUGGGACCCCCAUCACCCAGCGCUUCUCCCACAGUGCAUGUUACUACGACGCCAACCAGUCGAUGUACGUCUUUGGGGGCUGCACCCAGAGCAGCUGCAACGCCGCCUUCAACGAUCUCUGGAGGCUGGACCUGAACAGCAAGGAGUGGAUCCGGCCCCUGGCCUCCGGCUCCUACCCCUCCCCGAAGGCGGGGGCCACGCUGGUGGUCUACAAGGACCUGCUGGUGCUCUUUGGGGGCUGGACGCGGCCGAGCCCCUACCCGCUGCACCAGCCGGAGCGCUUCUUCGACGAGAUCCACACCUACUCGCCCUCCAAGAACUGGUGGAACUGUGUGGUGACCACCCACGGCCCCCCUCCCAUGGCCGGCCACUCCGCCUGUGUCGUCCGAGACAAGAUGGUCGUCUUCGGGGGAUCCCUCGGCUCCCGGCAAAUGAGCAACGACGUCUGGGUGCUGGACCUCGAACUCUGGGCCUGGUCCAAGCCAAAUAUCGCGGGACCCAGCCCCCACCCGCGAGGGGGACAGUCCCAGAUUGUCAUAGACGAUGAAACCAUCCUGGUCCUUGGGGGCUGCGGGGGCCCGAAUGCGCUCUUCAAGGACGCCUGGCUGCUGCACAUGACGCCGGACGCGCCCUGGACCUGGCAGCCCCUCAAGGUGGAGAACGAGGAGCAGGGGGCCCCGGAGCUGUGGUGCCACCCGGCCUGCAGGGUGGGGCAGUGCGUGGUGGUCUUCAGCCAGGCCCCCAGCGGGAGGGCCCCGCUCAGCCCCAGCCUCAACUCGCGCCCCUCGCCCAUCAGCGCCACCCCUCCCCCGCUGGGACCCGAGGGCCGCGAGUUCCGCUCCCAGUCUCCGGUUCGGGCGGCAGUGGCGGCGGCGGCGGCGGACGAGGCUCCUUGCGUGAACGGCCGGUGGGGCACGCUGAGGCCCAGAGCGCAGCGGCAGACGCCCGCCGGGUCCCGGGAGGGCAGCCUCUCCCCCGCCCGGGAGGACGCCUCCUCGCCCCUGGCCAACGGCAGCGGACCCCCCGCCUCGCUGGACAGCCCCGUGCAGGCGGAGGGAGGCGAGGCCAAAGCGGCGGCGGCGGUGGCGGCAUCGGUAGCGCCUCGGCGGGGGUCCCUCCCGGAGCAGAAGGAGCUGCGUCUGGCGGUGGCCGAGCUGGGCUGGGCGCAGGAGGAGGAGGAGCCGCCCGAGGAGGAGCCGCCACCCCCGCCGCCGGGCCGGACAGUGGCCAACGGGACCCACGCGCCCUCGGGGCCCGUCUCGCCGGGCAGCCUGCGCCGCAGCCUGGAGGCCGUGAAGGCCCUGGCCGGAGGGGGGGCCCUGGGGCCGCCGCUGGGGCCGCCCCCCUCCUCCUCCUCCUCCUCCUCGCCCGGGUCGCCCCCCGACCCCGCCCCGGCCCCCCGCCCCGGCUCGGCCCAAGGGGACGGCCACGCCCUGGCGCCCCUGGCCCGCCGGCUGGGCCACCACCCGCCCCAGUCGCUCAACGUGGGCAAGGCGCUCUACCAGAGCCUGAACUGCAAGCCCAUGCAGAUGUACGUGCUGGACGUGCGGGGCGCCAAGGGCCGGGGCCGCGUCCAGUGGAAGGCCUUCAACGGCAACGGGGGCCCCUCCGCCGCCCCCUCCGCCUCCUCCUCCUCCGCGGUGGUGGGCCCCCCCGAGACCAGCCUCCACACCGUGGUCCAGGGCCGCGGGGAGGUCAUCAUCUUCGGGGGCCUCAUGGACAAGAAGCAGAACGUCAAGUACUACCCCAAGACCAACGCCUUGUACUUCGUCCGGGCCAAGAGAUGAUGGGCGGGCGGGCGGGAGGGCGGG